GGGCAGGAGGGGACAGCCCAAACCCCGCGGGCUCUGUGCCUGGGGUCCCCGUUUGUUGAGGUUGGUGUGAUCAGCUCAGCCUCAUCUUCACGGGAACACGGCAGCCCAACACAUGUCCGAGCCCAAAUCUGCUGGAUUUCCCCGCGCUGGGAGUCACGUCCCAACACCGUGGGCUCUGUGAGCCGCUAAACCGGUGCCAUGUCCAAAAUAAUCCCGCGGUGCUGCGCAUCUGCUCGCUGGCAGUGCCGGCAGGGACAUCCUCUCCCGGGGACAGCCAGCUCCGGACGAGCCUUUUGGCUGUGCCUGCAGGGAUCGGCCAUAAUCCAGCCCGCCACCAAACCCUCCUCGCUCCGCUUCCCACCACCUGCCAAGAGAUCUGUGUGCCGAGGUGCUCUUCCAUUUCCACCCUGGAAAUCCCCUUGCUCCGCUUCCUCCGGGUUGUGCCGUAGCUGAGCUGUUGUGAUAAUGGAGCUCCAGGCUGUGGUAUCCACACUGGAAAGUGGGGAGCAGGACACCGUUCUCAAGGUGCUCCAGGUCUACAACCAAGAGAAAUCUCAGUGCUUCAUCUUCGAGGAUGAGGAGCGGGAAGAGAGGAAGAAAAUGGCCCAGCUGCUGAUCAAGUUCUUGGAGAGGGAGCUGCAGCCAUCAUGCCAGGUCACCUGCCUGGAGAGCAUCCGCAUCCUGUCCCGGGACAAGCACUGCCUCGACCCUUUCACCACCAAGGAAGGCCUGAAGACCCUCUCCAGGCACGCCGGCAUCGAUUACUCGGAGGAGCUCAUCCGGGAGGUCCCAGACUUGGAUGUAAUCCUGGAAUCCCUGAAAUGCCUGUGCAACAUCGUGUUCAGCAGCGCCAUGGCGCAGGAGCUGACGGCAGAGGGGCGGCUGGUGGUGGGGCUGGCCCGGCGCAUCAAGCUCUACAACGAGCGGAGCCUUCCUCACGACAUCAAGUUCUUUGACCUGCGCCUGCUGUUCCUGCUGACAGCCCUCAGGGUGGACAUCCGGCAGCAGCUCGCCCAGGAGCUCCGGGGAAUCAGCCUCAUGACAGACACCCUGGAGCUUACCCUCGGGGUCAAGUGGUUGGACCCCUACGAAGUUGCCACUGAGGAGGGACUUCUCCCACCUUUGCCUCGGCAGGAGACGGAGCGAGCCAUGGAGAUCCUCAAAGUGCUUUUCAACAUCACCUUUGAUUCCAGCAAGAGGGAGGUGGACGAGGAAGAUGCUGCUUUGUACAGGCACUUGGGUGCCCUCCUGCGCCACUGCCUCAUGAUCUCUGCCGACGGCGAGGACCGCACCGAGGAGUUCCACAGCCACACAGUCAACCUGCUGGGCAACCUGCCCCUGAAGUGUCUGGAUGUGCUCCUGACUCCCAAAGUGCGGCCGGGCUCGCUGGAGUACAUGGGUGUCAACAUGGAUGCGGUCAGCAUCCUCCUGGACUUCCUGGAGCGGCGCCUGGACAGGGGCCACAAGCUGAAGGAGAGCUUGACCCCUGUGCUGAACCUGCUGACGGAGAGUGCCCGAGUCCACCGUCAGACCAGGAAGUUCCUGAAGGCCAGGGUGCUGCCGCCGCUGCGGGACGUGCGGAACCGGCCGGAGGUGGGGAAUUCCCUGCGGAACAAGCUGGUGAGGCUCAUGACACACAUCGACACCGACGUCAAGCACUGCGCCGCCGAGUUCCUCUUCGUGCUCUGCAAGGAGAGCGUGUCCCGGUUUGUGAAGUACACGGGCUACGGGAACGCCGCGGGGCUGCUGGCGGCACGGGGCCUCAUGGCCGGCGGCCGGGAAGAGGGGGAGUACUCGGAGGAUGAAGACACAGACACGGAGGAGUACAAGGAGGCAAAGCCCAACAUCAACCCUGUGACGGGACGCGUGGAGGAGAAGCUGCCCAACCCCAUGGAAGGGAUGACGGAGGAGCAGAAGGAGCACGAAGCCAUGAAAUUGGUCAACAUGUUUGACAAGUUAUCCAGGGAGAAGGUGAUCCAGCCCAUGGGCAUCACUCCGAGUGGCAACCUGGCUCCCAUGGAGAAUGCCAUCCGCAACAUCGCCGACGAGCGCUCGUCCUCCGACUCGGACCUGGGGCUGGACUGACCCAGCUCCUGCCCCAGCCGUGGAGAGCUGGGCUCCAGCCACUCUCCCUCAGAACUGGUGCUGCACCCAGGGGCUGGCACUGUGCCAGGACUCUCCCUGUGGGAUCUGAAUCCAGCCUGGAGCCCUCACAGCCCACCACAUGGAAUACCUGCCUCCUUCCCGACUCCAUAGCCACCUCUCCUUCCAGAGGUCUCCGUGACCUGGCUCCACCUUGGUCUCUCCUGUCAGCAGCCUUGAGGAUUUCACACUCCAAAUCGCUUCCAGGACUCUCCAGUAGGAUUUUUGUUUUUUAAAUACAUGCUGUUUGGGAAGAAGGGUCAGGGGGAGGCUCUUCCUGCCACUUCAUCAGGGUUCAGUGAUGCACGGAGCCUCCUGUGUGCACAUGGCUGUGUGUGCCUGGCCCCACAGUGGGGGCUGCUCCCCAGGAAUGCCGUGGGAAGAGGGGCUGCCACAGAGGGGUGUGGGCCUCCAGUGGGAGUGGGAUCUGCAGGGCAUGGUGCAGGUGGUUGUAUCCAUGUCUGUGCACACCCAGAACGUGUGGAUGAGCAGAGCAGAGCUGGUGAGGCCUUGGAAGCUUCCAGCAUUCCAUUGGCCGCAGGACAGAGCGCACGGGCGGCUGCUGGGAGCGCUCCGAUGUCCCUUCCCUGGCACUGGGCACUGUCCCUGUCACCACCCAGCUGGGUUUGGGCGUUCACCUCUCCCAACUUUCCAGACAAAAGGCCGAUACCUGUGCUCUGUCCUUGGCUCCUCCUUGCUGUCCCCAGGUCGCUGUGUCCCCCCAGGGGCUGCUGUCGGGCCUGGUGUAGAUUUGUCUUUAUUUUUAUUCCUGUUUUCUUUGGAAAGAAAAUCUUCCCAUUUGUCUCAUGUAUCCGAGUUCCCAAACCUCCCAUCACGAGUAGGAAUGCACAAGUGAUGCUAGAAUAAAGCCAACCUGACACGUG